AAUCAAUCAAAAGGGGGAAAAAAGGAAAGAAACCGACCGCUUGACGUGUCCCGCAGUGACAGAGGAACAGAGCAAGCCGCAACACUCCCCGAUUCAACUAGGGUUACGAAGUUUUAAUUUUUCCCCACCUGCGCCGCCGCCGCCGCCGGCGGGCACGCACGUCGCUAUGGAACAGGCAACGGAGGGUGGCUCCGGCUCCGGCGUUAUCGCUGGCCGCGAUUGGUCCGGCUUGUCGGAGGAGCUCCUGGUCAGCUUCCUGCUGGCGUUGGACGUCCCUGGUGCCGUCCGCUCCGGCGCCGUCUGCACCACCUGGAACGCGGCGUACGCCGCCUUCCGCCGGCUCCGCGCCCCGUCGCCGAGGCAGCCCCCCUGCCUGCUCUACGCCAGCGGCGCCCUCGCCCCCGGCGCCGCCGCGCUCCACUGCCCGGCCACCGGCGCAACGCUGCAGAUCCCCUUCCCGCGGGCCCCGCUCGCCCUCCGGCCCCUGCUGGGCUCCGGCCACGGCUGGCUGGUCAUCGCCGACGAGGCCUCCAACCUGCACCUCCUCAACCCCAUCACGGGCGCCCAGGCCGCGCUCCCGCCCGUCACCGGGCUCCACAACGUCAUGAUGGGCACGGACAAGCAGGGCGGCCCCGCGUACGCCGUCUACUCCAAGCCGGGCUACGAGCCGGUCAUGCUGGAGAUCGACCUGGCGCACGAGUACAUGUACAACCGGGUGGUGCUCUCGGCCAGCCCCUCCGCUGGCCGCGCCUGCGUCGUGCUCCUCCUGCACAUGCCAAUGGGCGAGGUAUCCUUCGCCAGGCUCGGGGACGACCGCUGGACCUGGGUCGCGUCGGGCGAGGGCACGGGGCUCCCGUGGAGGUGCGAUUACGAGGACGCCAUGUACAGCGACGUUGACGGCUUGUUCUACCUGGUCCGGACGGAUGCCUCCAUGGUCAGCUUGGACCUCAACGGGUCCUCGCCGGUCGCUCGCAAGAUCCUCCACGUGCUGAAAUCGAGCAGUCCGUCCAAGUACCUGGUUCAGACACCGGCCGGUGACAUCUUGCAAGUUUGGAGGUUGAAGGACUACGUCGACCCGCAAACACCGGUGAACAUCCCACCGGACUACGACGGCCUGAACCCAUAUGUAGAGCCCUACACUGUUGAUAUUGAGAUCUAGAAGGUUGACCUCCAUGGUCAGAGGUUGGAGUUGCUGCAGGGUUUGCCAGACUAUGCGUUGUUUCUCGGCUCCAAUGCCUCGAUGUGCCUACCAGUUAAGGAUUUCCAUGGAUUAAAGCCGAACUGUGCUUACGUGUCCGACGACUGCCUGGAGUACGUGCAUUUUUGCAAGUAUAACCGGCGAGAAAUUGGUAUCUGGAGUAUGGCGGAGCAAAGCAUGUCCAAACUUGAUGAUGUCU